UUUCCCUCCUCCGACCAACGCCUUCCCCGCACCACCAAAAGCACCCGACCGUUGCCACAUAAGCCCCGCCCGCCCCAUCGAGGCAAGCAGAGCCCACGCCACGCCACGCCCAUCCGUCCACAUCCGCACCGCACGCACCCCUCGCCACCCGCGCUCUGCUCUCCGCGUUCGGUUCAAACCAGGCGAGCGAGCGAGCGUCUUCGAUGUCCGCGCGGCGGCCGGCCAGGGCCCAGCACGCGACGGCGACGGCCACGACGGUCACGCCGCGGAUCCUUAACCUGGCGAGGAGGUCGUCGGCGGCGGGCGGGAGGCCGAGCCGGAGCGCGGCCCGGCCGCAGCAGCCCCGCCCGGCGCCCAAGGUGGUCAACCUCGGCGCGCUGUUCGAGAUGGAGCGCCGCGUGCGCGGGCUGGAGUCCGCGCCGCCGUCGCCGCCCUGCUCCCGCGCGGCCGCGCGGGAGGACGCCGGGGAGCAGGAGGAGAAGUGGCGGUUCCAGGCGGAGAUCCUCCGCGCCGAGUGCAACUUCCUCCGGAUGGAGCGCGAGGUCGCCCUCCGCAAGCUCGACUGCCACCGCGGCCAGAUGGAGGCCGCCCUCAAGACCGCCGUCGAGACGCUCGCCUCGGGGAGGAAGAAGAUAGACGGAAGCGGCGAGGUCGGCGUGGCGGCGGCGUUGGAGGAAGGGAUCGAGGACCUGGAGGAGAUGAUGCAGGAACUCCGGGUGGAGAAGGAGAGCGGGAGGAGGGCGAUGAGCGGCAUGCGGGAGCUGCGGCGGAGCCACGGCCGGAACUUCGAUCGGCAAGCGUCCUCGCUCCGCCGGCGCCUCGAGAAGAUGCCACCAGCCGACGCCGAGCCCAUUAUCAAGGACAUCCGCGAGAUCGCGCGCCCGGUCUCCCCACCGCUGCCUCCGCCUGCGGAGCGCAGCGACGGCGAUGACCACGUCCCCAGCGCCAAUCUGUCAGAUGUGGAGAUGCUGAGGGUGAAGAUGGAGGGGAUGUCGAAGGGCAUGCGCGACAGGAUGGCCGAGUACAGCCGGCGGCUGGAAGCCGUCGCGGCCGGCGGCGACAACGCCGGCUGCCAGUCGAGGAAAUGCGGCAGCCGGCACAGCCGAAAGGCGAGCGCGUGCAGCCAGAGGAGCUGGAGCGGCAGCAGCAACGCGAGCAACGGCAGCAAUGCGGCGGCGUUCCGGCAGAGCGCCUCGCUCGGCGCCAGCGUGGCCUCCGAGAAGCAUCAACACCCGCAGAAGAUUGUGGCUGAAGACUGCAAGUUGGUGCGCUCUGGAAGCUGCUGCGACUGCAAGGAGAUUGUGGGGAAGAUAAUGAAGCAAGUGAGAGCGGAAUCGGAGCAAUGGACUGAGAUGCAGGACAUGCUGGAGCAGGUCAGGCUGGAGAUGCAAGAGCUGCAGGCUUCCAGGGAUACAUGGCAGCGCCGUGCCAUUGCAUCUGAUAUCAGCCUUGGUUCCUUGAAUUCUGAGAUGCUGGAGUGGAAACAACGCGCGCAGGCGUCGGAACAGCAUGCUGAAGAGCUCCAGAAGAAGGUCUCGGAGCUCCAAGGCAAGCUGCACACCUUCAAAUCCCAUUUCCCCGCCCCAAACCUGCCCAGCCGGGCAUGGUCUGAGGCUUGCAGGAUGGAGAACCCGCGGGCAGCCAAGGCUCAGCACCACCACCGGCCACCCCAGCAGCAGCAGCAGGACGGCGGCAAGGAGAAGGAGAAGCACGUGCUGAUCUGCCGCGUGAAGCACUCGCCCAGCGUCAUCCCGAGGCGCUCGCCGCUGCAGGACAUCGGCAACAUCGCCUUGCCGCGGCGGCAGCGGUGAGCGCUGACGAGCGUGGGGGUCGAUCCUCUGCUGGAACCAAGGUUUUCCGGCAGGAGUGUGGAGGGAGGAACUCUGUCAAUUCGCUUUAGUAGUUUAGCAUCUACUCGUCAGUCAGGUCUGUGGUGGUGAGUGGCCACUGAGCUCAGCUGGGACGGAGUUACUUUGCGUAGUACAGUGUCAAGGAAUAGGCGCGAUCAGUCAGAGGUGUAUGUAAGGCGAAUGUGCCUCUUUUUUCCUGAGAUUAAUUGGCAAUUUUGUUUGCUGCUUCUUCCAAGA